GCCACGCCCUCCAGCGAUGAGAGGUUGGUUGUGCGGACGCCGGGGAAGGAGACGCUGCCCUUCCGCAGCUAUGGGAUCCCGGCUCUGUGGAGGGACCCUCUGGUAUGCGCAUUCCUAUCUUUCCGGGCUGUGGAUGGUGCCUGGGACACGGCCAGUAACCAGUUGAAGACAUUCUCCUUGGAAACACUCGGCUGCAAGGGCUCUUGCCUGGGGUGUUGGUCUUGCCAUGGCGUUUCGGAGAACUGAGGGCAUGUCCAUGAUCCAGGCCCUGGCCAUGACGGUGGCCGAGAUCCCCGUGUUCCUGUACACGACGUUUGGGCAGUCUGCAUUCUCGCAGCUGCGAUUAACACCAGGCCUGCGGAAGGUCCUCUUUGCCACAGCCCUGGGGACCGUGGCCUUGGCCCUGGCCGCCCACCAGCUGAAGAGGCGAAGGCGGAGGAAGAAGCAGGUUGGCCCCGAGAUGGGAGGUGAGCAUUUGGGCACGGUGCCCCUCCCCAUCCUCACGGCCAGGAAGGUCCCAUCCGUGAAGAAAGGCUACUCCAGUCGGAGGGUACAGAGCCCCAGUAGCAAGAGCAACGACACCCUGAGUGGCAUCUCCUCCAUCGAGCCCAGCAAACACUCGGGCUCCUCCCACAGCUUGGCCUCGAUGGUGGCGGUGAACUUAUCCAGCCCCACGGCUGCAUGCUCAGGACAGUGGGAUGCUAGAGGGAUGGAGGAGUCUGAGACCACCAGUGAUGGCAAUGUCGAGAACCUCUACAUGCAAGGCAUGGAAUUGUUCGAGGAGGCUCUACAAAAAUGGGAGCAGGCGCUAAGUGUGGGACAGAGGGGGGACAGUGGCAACACCCCUACACCGGGGAACAGCCUCCGGAACCCCGAGACUGCUUCAGAAGCACUUUCUGAGCCAGAGUCACAGCGAAAGGAGUUUGCAGAGAAGCUGGAGUCCCUACUGCACCGGGCCUACCACCUCCAGGAGGAGUUUGGGUCCACCUUCCCAUCUGACAGCAUGCUGCUGGACCUGGAGCGGACCCUCAUGCUGCCCCUGACCGAGGGUUCGCUGCGUCUACGGGCAGACGAUGAGGACAGCCUGACAUCCGACGAUUCCUUCUUCUCUGCCACCGAGCUCUUUGAGUCCCUGCAGGUUGGAGAUUAUUCGAUCCCACUCUCCAGGCCGGCUGCUGCCUAUGAGGAGGCCCUGCAGCUGGUGAAGGAGGGGAAGGUGCUCUGCCGGACCCUCAGGACAGAGCUUCUGGGCUGCUACAGUGACCAUGACUUUCUGGCCAAGCUGCAUUGUGUGCGGCAGGCGUUCGAGGGCCUUCUGGAAGACCAGAAUAACCGGCUUUUCUUCGGGGAGGUCGGCCGGCAGAUGGUGACAGGCCUAAUGACCAAGGCUGAGAAGAGCCCCAAAGCCUUCCUGGAGAGCUACGAGGAGAUGCUGAGCUAUGCUCUGCGGCCAGAGACCUGGGCUACCACACGCCAGGAGCUGGAGGGCCGGGGGGUGGUGUGCAUGAGCUUCUACGACAUCGUGCUGGACUUCAUCCUCAUGGAUGCCUUCGAAGACCUGGAGAACCCCCCGUCCUCUGUGCUCGCCGUCCUGAGGAACCGCUGGCUGUCGGACAGCUUCAAGGAGACGGCCCUUGCCACUGCUUGCUGGUCGGUCCUCAAAGCCAAGAGGAGGCUACUGAUGGUGCCUGAUGGCUUCAUCUCCCAUUUCUACUCCGUAUCGGAGCACGUUAGCCCUGUCUUGGCCUUUGGCUUCUUGGGACCCAAGCCCCAGCUCGCCGAAGUCUGUGCUUUCUUCAAGCACCAGAUCGUGCAGUACCUGAGGGAUAUGUUUGACCUGGACAACAUGCGCUACACCUCGGUGCCGGCACUGGCAGAUGACAUCCUGCAGUUGUCCCGGCGCCGCAGCGAGAUCCUGCUUGGCUACUUGGGGGCACCAGUGGCCUGCACUGUUGGCCUGAACGGUGUGCUGCCCCGAGAGAACGGUCCCCCGGAGGAACUGCAGUAGUGGCAGGCGAAGGCUGGGGAGGAGUGGCUGCUGGGGCCUCGUCCACGUGGUUGACGGCAGAGACAAGUCGCCUCCUCCCUCCUUUGGGUUGGCAUCCAAGGACCUGGGUGUCUGUGGCCAUCAGCAGCAGCAGGGCCCAGACCAUGGUGGCCAAGGGCAGUUGCCCCUGACCUUGCCCCACCCCCAUCACGUGGGAAUUCCCAAGACCUGGGGGGCAAACUUCCUUGGAGAGGGAUGGAGCCCCUGCUGACUGCCCGCAGCUGUUCCUCAGGAAGCAGAGGCUGGACCGUGGCCAGGGGGGCCCGAGGGAGAAGAAGGUAGUGAGAAAGAGAGAGGAAGGUGCUGUGAGAAGAAUUGGGGCAGGCAGAGCUGGGGUGCCCUGGCUGUGGGACCCCAAAAGCUCCCACCACCCCAAACCUGCUGACAAGUGGGGCUGGGGGUGGAGGUGAAAGGUGGGCAUGGCAGGGCUCUGUGGUGAAGGUCACUGAUGUCCUGAGCUAGAAGGAACCUGGGCUGAAAGGUCUCAGAAUCCAUACACGUGGCCGGCCAGUCCUGACAAUCCCCACCAUCACCCUAGAGAGUUUGCAACUCCAGAGAGUGGGGGUGGGGGCACCGUGGUGGACAGCAGGCUCGGACAGUCAGCAGGGGCAGAGGAGGGACUGGGAACUUGACAGACCCAAGCUCCAAACCAGAACACUGUCCUCUGACAUUCCCUCUCCCUGCCAAAGCCUGUCAUUUCUCUUCCCACUUCUGCCCACCAAAGACAGGUGGGGCUGGUCCUCCCGCCCCCACCCACCUCCUCUGCGAGCCCAGAACUCCCUGGGUGGUGCUAGGUGCUGAGCUGGAGUCCCCUCAGGCCUAUCACAUGUGCUGCGGUUGGCGGUGGCCCCAGAAGUGAGGGGCCCAGGGACCACACAGGGAAGUCAGGAGUGCAGAGCGGGGACCAGCUACCCGGCCCUCUCUUAGCCUCCAGCUGGAUGCACCGAUGCUCAGAGUCACGCAGCAGUGUAGGCCCACCUCCCGCUGGUCCUGCAAGAUGGAGGCGGUCAGCACUGUCCCACGUCAUUCACCCCAUCGCAGGGUUUCUGUCAGCCCUGCGGACUCACUUCUCUUACGGUGUUUUCACUUGAGCUGGGAUGUUUUAUUUAUUGCCUUAACACUUUAUUUUGAGGUUCUGCUCCUGUCCAGGUUGAGAGGCCUGCAAGAGAAAUACACUUCUCCCAAUUCUUCAUUCUCUGGAUUUGGGGACUGGCUCCUCAGGCCGGGCGGUCCCUCUCCUCUGAAUGGCAAAAGGGUCUGAGAGGUGGUAGGGUGAUCUUGCCCAUUUGGGUUGGGGGAGAGAGGAGGUGUGUGAGGGAGACGCCGGGCGUGGCCCCAUCAUCUGUGAGCCUACUUUCUUCCUGGAAUCCCCUCCCCUGGCACCCCACCCCCAUUCCUGUGCUUCCUCAGACUAGAGGAUGGCUGUGCAUUAACCUGAGUUCUGGCUCCAAACCCACCUCUCUGAGGUCCAGGUCAGUGCAGUGCCCACAGCCUCCUAGGCGGUCAGGACCCGGGGUGGCCCUCCUCCACCCAACAUUCCGUUCAUUUGCACUUACCCUGCGCUGUGAAUGUAAUCUUGGGCCUGGGCCCACUCACUGAUUUGUUCCCAGAUCACACAGAAGUGGCAUUUUCAUUUCGUCUUUGUUUACACAUCCAUGCACUGCCCCUGGCACUCAAUCUGUUGCAGCUUCUAACUUUUAUAUGGUAGAUUGUCUGUGCAUUGACUUGGAGUCAAAUAAAUGAUUCAGUGGAUUUCCUUCCAA